CUCUUUGCUAGGCUAUGGCAUCACUACCCCAAAUGUCUACCACAUUAGGAGCUUGCAUGAGCUCAAACAAGAUUAUUAACCCACGACCAUGCAUUGCCCAAUUAAACAACAACAACAACAACAAGAGGAGUACUCCUUUCAGCAAUUUAAUUGCCAAUCACCUAAUUGUCAAUGGUACGUUGUUUCCAUUUGCAUUAGUAGGGCAAAAGAAGCCCAUAAUAGAGUUAUGGAAACAGUGCCAAAAUGAAAAAUGGAAAGCACGUGCCGGGAACAAUCCUGAGUUCCUGCCACAUUCAGAUGUAGAGAGUGUUGUCAAAGAGUUUUACGAUGCUUUCAAUAAAAAAGACAUUGAAAAAUUGAAGCAAUUAGUUUCAGAUGAUUGUGAGUACCAGGACUACCUCUUCUACAAUCCCUACAAAGGCAAGGAGCAAAUCAUAGAAUUUUGGCAGGAGGUGAUGGAUGCGUUGGGUCCAAAUAUUAAAAUUGCUGUGGGAAAGGGAGAUAUCAGAGUGGAAGAAGAUGUGAGAGUGGAAGAUGUCAAAGAGAGCAAACCUAUGGCUACUGUGUUUUGGCACUUGGAGUGGGGGGACGACAAAAAUAAACUACCCUUCACAAAAGGGUGCAGAUUCUUUUGGUUUACAGAAGAUAAAGAAGGAAGAUUGAUUAUUAGCAAGGUAACCGGCUUGGAGGAACUUCCACUAAAACCAGGUGAAAUAGUACUGAACAUGUUAAAAGCGAUUCGUACGUUUUUGGACAGCUAUCCACCAAUGGCUAAAGCGUUGCUUAACUCUCCUGCCUUUCGAGACGAUUGAUAGCACACAUGGAACGGGGAAGUCCAUGACAUGCUUCAAACGAGUUAAAAUCUGCUGUUACAAAGUGAAGAAUAUGUUUUAGAGGAUAAAGUACAAUUAUAGUUAUAGAUUAGAAAAACAAAUGUUAAAAUUGUAUGAAAUUUAUAAUUUAUUAUAUAUGUGAGUGUUUUCAUAA